UCAUUUCUUUGUCAGUGGGCAAAUGUACAAAAUCAGCAGGGGAUCAAAUACUUUUUUCCCUCACUGUAUGUCACCAUUUAGUCCAGGUAUGUCAUCCUUUAGUCCAGGUAUGUCAUCCUUUAGUCCAGGUAUGUCAUCCUUUAGUCCAGGUAUGUCAUCCUUUAGUCCAGGUAUGUCAUCCUUUAGUCCAGGUAUGUCAUCCUUUAGUCCAGAUAUGUCAUCCUUUAGUCCAGAUAUGUCAUCCUUUAGUCCAGGUUCUUUAAAGUUACAAACUUUCUCUCAUUUUAUGAUCCUGAAAAGAUCAAAUAUGUCUUUCCUUUUUAAUUUGCACUGUAGAAGGUGUAUUGAAAGCAUCAAAGCAUGAUUUAUUUUUUAUUUUUUAUAGUACUUAUUCUUUUCUUCACGUCAAGGGGCGGACUACUUGCCAGACCUGGGUUCAAAGAGUAUUUGAAAUCAUUUCAGACACUUUUAGCAGGGCUUGAUUGAGCUUGCCUGGCAAAAUUGAACAAAUAGAAUAGUCUCAAAACUGCCAAUCCCCCCCAUGAUCUGGAACCCUGAUCUGGAACCCUGAUCUGGAACCCUGAUCUGGAACCCUGAUCUGGAACCCUGAUCUGGAACCCCAGGCAGGCUGAAGUAAACGCUCAAAGCAUUUGAAAGAUUUAGAAUAGUAUUUGAACCCAGGCUACUCUAUCUCACCACCGAUACACAGUGAACCCUUGUCCUCCAUCUUAGCACAUUAGUAGAGACUCCUCCUCCUCCACCACCGCUCUCUCUCCCCCCCUCUCCUUCUCUUCCUCUCCUGUGUCCUCCCUCUGUCCCCCAGCCCGCUCACCAUGGAGGGAGAGUCAGUCUCCCAGCCCAUGGAGGGAGAGUCAGUCCCCCAGCCCGCUCACCAUGGAGGGAGAGUCAGUCUCCCAGCCCGCUCACCAUGGAGGGAGAGUCAGUCCCCCAGCCCAUGGAGGGAGAGUCAGUCUCCCAGCCCGCUCACCAUGGAGGGAGAGUCAGUCUCCCAGCCCAUGGAGGGAGAGUCAGUCUCCCAGCCCAUGGAGGGAGAGUCAGUCUCCCAGCCCGCUCACCAUGGAGGGAGAGUCAGUCUCCCAGCCCGCUCACCAUGGAGGGAGAGUCAGUCCCCCAGCCCAUGGAGGGAGAGUCAGUCUCCCAGCCCGCUCACCAUGGAGGGAGAGUCAGUCCCCCAGCCCAUGGAGGGAGAGUCAGUCCCCCAGCCCAUGGAGGGAGAGUCAGUCCCCCAGCCCAUGGAGGGAGAGUCAGUCUCCCAGCCCGCUCACCAUGGAGGGAGAGUCAGUCUCCCAGCCCGCUCACCAUGGAGGGAGAGUCAGUCCCCCAGCCCAUGGAGGGAGAGUCAGUCCCCCAGCCCAUGGAGGGAGAGUCAGUCCCCCAGCCCAUGGAGGGAGAGUCAGUCCCCCAGCCCAUGGAGGGAGAGUCAGUCCCCCAGCCCAUGGAGGGAGAGUCAGUCCCCCAGCCCGCUCACCAUGGAGGGAGAGUCAGUCCCCCAGCCCAUGGAGGGAGAGUCAGUCCCCCAGCCCGCUCACCAUGGAGGGAGAGUCAGUCCCCCAGCCCAUGGAGGGAGAGUCAGUCCCCCAGCCCGCUCACCAUGGAGGGAGAGUCAGUCUCCCAGCCCAUGGAGGGAGAGUCAGUCCCCCAGCCCGCUCACCAUGGAGGGAGAGUCAGUCCCCCAGCCCGCUCACCAUGGAGGGAGAGUCAGUCUCCCAGCCCAUGGAGGGAGAGUCAGUCCCCCAGCCCAUGGAGGGAGAGUCAGUCCCCCAGCCCAUGGAGGGAGAGUCAGUCUCCCAGCCCGCUCACCAUGGAGGGAGAGUCAGUCCCCCAGCCCAUGGAGGGAGAGUCAGUCCCCCAGCCCGCUCACCAUGGAGGGAGAGUCAGUCUCCCAGCCCGCUCACCAUGGAGGGAGAGUCAGUCCCCCAGCCCGCUCACCAUGGAGGGAGAGUCAGUCCCCCAGCCCCCUCACCAUGGAGGGAGAGUCAGUCCCCCAGCCCGCUCACCAUGGAGGGAGAGUCAGUCCCCCAGCCCAUGGAGGGAGAGUCAGUCCCCCAGCCCAUGGAGGGAGAGUCAGUCUCCCAGCCCGCUCACCAUGGAGGGAGAGUCAGUCUCCCAGCCCGCUCACCAUGGAGGGAGAGUCAGUCCCCCAGCCCAUGGAGGGAGAGUCAGUCUCCCAGCCCGCUCACCAUGGAGGGAGAGUCAGUCUCCCAGCCCGCUCACCAUGGAGGGAGAGUCAGUCAGUUGGUUAGGAUGUCUCUCUCUGUAGAUUGGUUGAACAAUGUUGCACUGUAUCCAUAAACAGUUAAUGUGUAUUAUUUCCCCCCCUC